GACCACCUCUUCACGCCCUCUUUCAUGCUAUCGUGCGCCUUCCCUCCCUGUCCCUGAGCCUCCUACACCCCUCUGCCAUUCGCCCGUCCGCUUUUCGACUCAACUGUGAUAUAAUCCAACCGUUGCUGGAGCGAUGGGCGGAGACGGAGCGCAGUCGCAGCAUAUUCCGGCCGAGACGGCGGAGGAACAGUACAUCAAGGCCAAGACCUCGGUGUGGUGGGAUAUAGAGAACUGUCACGUGCCGAAGGUGUGCGAUCCCCACGCCAUAGCGCAGAAUAUAAGCUCCGCGCUCGUUAAAAUGAACUACUGUGGGCCCGUCUCCGUCUCCGCUUACGGCGAUACCACCAGAAUCUCCCCCGCUGUCCAGCAGGCGCUCAACAGCACCGGUGUAGCCCUCAAUCACGUCCCCGCCGGUGCUAAAGAUGCUAGUGACAAGAAGAUUCUGGUGGAUAUGUUAUUUUGGGCUGUUGACAAUCCCGCACCUGCCAAUUAUUUAUUGAUUUCCGGAGACAGAGAUUUCUCAAAUGCUUUGCAUCAACUACGGAUGCGUCGGUAUAAUAUUCUUCUUGCUCAACCACAAAAAGCUUCUGCGCCACUUCUUGCUGCUGCAAAGAGUGUAUGGCUCUGGACUAGUCUAGUAGCUGGAGGGCCACCACUUACAACAGUUGAAACUGCUCAAUUUGUAAGUAACAGCUAUGGGCAUAUACCCACCUCUGACUCAUUACGUACAGAUACCAUUAUGGGUAACAAACCAGUGGAAUCGUUUUAUGAAAGUUCUCAGUUGGGUAACCAAAAAUAUUCAAAUAUGGGAAGAGGAACAGAUGUAAAAUAUAAAGGCAAACAACCUCGCAGAAACUUCACUCAACCUUCUAUGCCAAGAACCUCUAGUAGCAUGAUUGGGUCUGAAGAAGAUUCUAACAGUGGAAACUUUCAUCCAGGAUAUGUACACCCUAAGCAGUUCAAUGAACACCAGGACUUAUCUACUGCAUAUAACCCAAAAGUUGCUAGCGGUGGAAUAGCGAACUCGUAUUAUCCUGGUAAUCCUGAUUUCCCGCGAGCAGACAAUUCCCACCCUCAUGUCUCUCAUCAAAUUCACUACCCUCAGCCAUUAAAACCAAACAGCCUCCCCACUGAAACUGCAACACUGCCUGUUAGCUCGUCUCUAACUAACCCCCAUUGGCAUCCUUCUAAUGUAUUAAAUCGCAGACCUGAUUCACCUAACUUGACCACAGCUCCUCCAACCAACGUUCCUGAUAUUUUCAAUUUAAACAUUUCUGAGCACACAAGAAAUGAUCAAAGCGCACCUGCUUCGCAACAACGUAGUGGAGGAGAGAGAAGACCAAUGUCUAGUGAAUCGCCAAACAGAGUAAACUCGAAUGCUCAGCAAAAAGGAUUUAAUGCUCAGAAGAGAUCUUUUCAUCAAGACGGUCAAAACAACAGGUAUCCACAUGGUAAUCAAGAUACAUUAGCACAGUUAUCAUCUGGAUCAGGAACUGCUGCCAUCCCUGUAAAUGGUUCGUGGGGAACAUCAGGAUGCCCUAAACCUUCUGAAUAUGUACAAGGUCUUAUUGGGAUUGUCCUACUGGCUUUAAACACCCUAAGAAUUGAGAAGAUUAUGCCAACAGAGGAAAAUAUUGCAGAUUGCAUCAGAUAUGGAGACAUCCGACAUCGCAAUACUGAUGUUAAGAAAGCUUUGGCGUGUGCACUUGACCAGCAAUUGGUUGUACUGCAACAAAUAGGUUCCCUACAGUUGUAUAUUGGGAAAAAUGAGAGACUAUGGCAAUGUCUAAACCCUAUGGGUGGUGAUGCAAACAAGUAUUCAAAAUCAAUAUGGGAUGAAAUCCAAAAAUUUCUUUCAUCCUCUUCUGGAAGAUCUGCUAUACUGGAAACAAACUGCAGGUAUGAGGCAGCAACUGUUAUGAAAAAGAUGUGCUUAAAAGAGCUUCCAUUGGGUGAAAUUCUCCAGAUCUUGCAAAUGGUAAUUAACAUGAAAAAGUGGAUUAUAUAUAAUUAUCAGUCAGGAUGGAAACCAAUUAAGGUUGCAGUUCCAGAGUCCAGCCCUGAUUCAGGGCUGGCAGCUGCUACAUAAGGUCAAAGUAUUUGCAGUUGGGAGGGGAGAAGGUAUGAAUAUUUGUAUUUGAUUCAUGGCUUCAUGGUGAUGUGAAAUGGUUUGAAUUGAAAAGUAAUUAUAUUUAGCCUUCUCCCCUAGGUAUUGGCUGCUGAAUAUGUAGCCUUGAGAUAAAAUAGCAGUAUUUAGGUUCUUGUUUAAGUUUUGCUUUAAGAAGACUUCGAAGGUCUAGCUUGAAAGUUGUGGUUAGAUAACGUUUGAAACAUCAGAGAGCCGGUAGUUGCUCUCUUUAUAUGAUUGUUUACCUUUGGCUUAACAUGGCCUAUUUGGAGAGACGUUUCUAUGAUGAUCAGGUACUUGUAUGCGAUUGAUAAUGGAAAUCUGUGGCCAUGGAAGGUUUUGAGAUUCAACUACUUGGAGAACAUGUUGGGGGGCUAAUAUUAUCAAAUUAACAUCAGAGUUUCGAAUAAGGCUUUUUGUGAUCAAUUCUUGCUGUGGUAUGAUUGGGACUCACAUACUUGCAUAUGGUUGUUGAUUACUACUGUUGGAGAAAACACGGUGGCUAAAGUAUUGCAAAGUAUCAGAGGGCAUAAGGAUCUUGUUGGUUUAUGUGGAAUUCCGGUGGAUGUAGUUUUAUGAUGCAGCUCUAAGAUUGAGAUUAUGAAAACAUGGAAAUGAGUCACUGGAAAAUCACGCUUAAUAAGAGAGCUUAGCAUGGUGAUAUUCUGUCAAAGCCACUUGAAAAUUCACAAGCUUAAGGAUGGUCUUUCAAAGCAAUUUCUUGUGAUUAUCGUAAUUUCUCAAAGCUUCGGUUUAGUGGAAUUUAUUGCGUUCUCUGAUUUGUUCUGCAUAGCGAGUUUGCUACACCAGCGGGAUUUCAGACGGUAGACUUGGAAUUUUGAAACAAAAUGAAGGAUUGAUGAUGAUGACGAUAUCUCCGUUCUAAGCAUGUAAAUGCAAACAGUAUAUCUUAGCUGAAACUAUUUUACUCUUUACUCUGUUCUUGGUUGUGAAGCUCUCUGCUUCCAUAGUUGAAAUUAUGUAAAUUAAGUGUUCCAGCGCUUUUGAUGACGAGAAAUAGAGUAGUAUUGUACUUUCUUGAUAAUUGUUGUUGAAUACGCUUAUGGGGUUUUGAAAUAAUAACAGUACGUUUUAUUAUGCUAA